UUCCCGCUUCGAGCUAUCACCGUGACAGACCAAGAGUCACUGCAAUGAAGUGGUUCGCGCUCAGCAUUGUUUUCCUUGUAGCAGUUCAACAUGGAAUUUCCUUAAAAGAGGGCGAGGGCUGCGUGAUCAGACACACAGACUCAUCGGGUCUGUGUAUACGAGGCUCCAAGUGUAUGACUGCCUUAAAUGAUUACCAGAGGAACGGCAUCCCACCAACGUUAUGUUCGGAGUACAGGUUCCCGUUCCUCGUCUGCUGCACUGGUGUCACGUUGGAAGAUAUCAUACCUGUUUUGGACACCAGGAGAGUGAGUGAGAGAAAGUGCGAUGAGUAUAAGCAGAUACCGCAAACCAAGCGAACCGUCACAGCGCAGGCCUGUGACUACGACGAGCUCGACGUGGCCGGAGAACUCGCCACGCAAUGGGAGUUCCCCCAUGUAGUCGCCUUGGGCUGGGGAAACAAGGUUGACAGCAACUCCUUCCAAAGCGCAGGCAGUCUUAUCAGCUCGCGCUUCGUGCUGACCAGGGCGUACUUCUCAAAGCUCAUCAACGCGGCGCCGACGAUCGUGAGAUUCGGCGGAUUGGAAAUCGACGUCCCCAGUUCGAAAGAAAACACAGGCUCGAUAGAUGUACAAACUCAAGCCAUAUAUUUUCACCCAGAGUACUCAUUCCCUAUGAGAUACAACGACAUAGCGUUGGUGGAGAUGAAGGCAGAUGUGGACUUCGGUAUCAUCCGACCAGCGUGUCUGUGGAGCAAUCCUGACUUCCCGGAGUACAGCAAGCCCAUCAUCACGAGUUGGCCAGCCGUUGACCCCAGUUAUUCGGAACGGCGCUUGCUGAAGAAGACUCCGAGGCGUCUCCUGGACUCGGACACAUGUAACGAAACUCUAAAGGACUACUUUGACUUUUAUUGGAAGGGUGUCGCCGAUGAGCAGCUGUGUACGGGACACGUGCGUGAGGGAUCCUCGUGUGAGAGAGUGAACGGUUCACCGCUGCAGCUGGUGUCGUACGAGUACACCAACCAGUGCAUCUUCCACGUGCUGGGCGUGAUGGUGUCCGACUGCUCGAUGUUCACGAGGGUCUCCAGCCACUUGGACUGGAUCGAGAAGGUGGUGUGGCCCGGCGAAUAGUGAUGCGUUAUUCGUUAAUAUACUUUUUAUUUUCCCCCC